CAACAGGAUGGCCCCCGAAAAGAAGGAUUCGGUGCGUCCGGACGCGGAGGCGGCACCUCCAGAGACUCCCAUGCCGCAUCCUUCAUUCAUCCAGGUUGCCAAGCCGUAUGUCUUCGAGCAGACUAUCCAAGACUGCAUCACCGCUCUUGGUGUUGACCCACUGCGCGAGGAGGGCCUCCGUCUCCAGGGCGUCGCGUGGAUCGACAGUGUACGCAGAGCCCUCCAUCUGCCUGUUCGUACUUUCAACACAGCGGUCGUGUACUAUCAUAAGUUCAGACUUGUCCAUGCGGACAAUGAGUACAAUUACAUGGACGCUGCUGCUGCGGCAUUGUUUACUGCUUGCAAGAUUGAAGACACGCUGAAGAAGUCUCGCGAGAUUGUAUGCACUGCCUUCAAUCUCAAGCUCCCUCCGGCAGAGCACCUUUCUCCGGAUGACCCGCUCUUCGAGGUUCAUGCCAGGGGUAUCAUUGGGCUGGAGCGGUUGAUGCUUGAGGCGAAUGGUUUCGACUUCAGAAGCCGUCACCCGCAGAACAGGCUCGUCAAGCUUGCCAAGAGCUACGGUGUUCAGAAGGACUCAGAGGUAGCCAGCAUAUCUUACCGCAUCUCUAUCGAUCUUUACAGGACCUUUGCGCCAAUCAAGCAGACUACGACAACCAUGGCCUUUGCCUCUCUUGAACUGGCAGGCCGCCUUCUCGACGACCGUCUUGAGGAUGUUGAGUCUGGAAGGGAUUAUGAAAAGUGGAAGACCAGCCGUGAAGAAGUCAUGGAAACUCUUCUCGACCUACUUGAGCUCUACACUCACCACCGUGGCUCUACCUCUGUGGGACCUAGCUUCCCUGUCGACAAGUUUCUAACUAUCCGUAUCCCCCUCAAUCAGGAAGUGGAUGCCAAGAAGCUUCCUCGCUACACCAACUGGAGGAAUGGGGAAACCAACGGCUCAAGAGAUGGAAAGGACCCUGCCGCGAAAAACGUACCUACUCAGAACCCUCUCACCCCCAUAUCCGCAACCGGAGAGAGGCCCAAGCCAGGUGGUCGCGACGGAACUGUGCGCUUCAUGCUCGACCCUGAACGUGCGCAAGAUGAAAAGGCCAUUGUUUCUGAAUAUUUCAAGAACGAGAUGGAGGAAUACGAAAUCGAGGAGUGAACUGCAUUCGAUCACGAAUUCUGAUUACACCCGAUAUCACGCAUUGUCAGGCCUUAGGAGCCUGGGAUUUACGACCUUAUGACUUUUGCACGAAAGAAAAGGGCCAAAUGGCUCCGUCCAUACUACACGAAAUUAGAAAAAACACCUAACAAAAGUCUUUCCGAUCUCACCGCAACCAAGCAAGGACUGGGCAUCUGUACCAACGGAAGCCAGGCGAUGGCCUCAUCAGGCACUAUCGCAUGUAUCCAAGCAUGGGCAAAUGGCUCUGCGCUCUUGCUUCAAAGGAGAAAAGAAGCGCUGACCACGCGCGUGACGAGGCAUCUUGUAACAACAACACCAAACAACAAAUCUUUUUUUCUUAUAAUGUGUAUUAAUGGACUAUCAAAUCAAGACCCAAAAAAAUUAAAUCAGCAGAUCGGUGACUAUCACUCCUACUGGAGAAAUCUGGUAUCUAUGAAAAGGUAAUCGUCAACUUGUGCUCAAGAGUAAUGCG